AUGGGAAAGGGUAGCCAUAACACACGUAUUGAAAAACAUGAGGAACAACAAAUCGAUGCAUCAUCGCCUCAUCGUUUGCCAACGCUGUCGGAAAUCAAAGUUAAGAUACCAUCGCAUUGUUUUCGUCCGACCGUUCGAGAAUCGAUGACCUAUGUUGUUAAAGAUGUCAUCUAUGUUGCACUGGCAUUCUUGGUUAUGUGGCAAAUUCAAAAGAACUUUCAGUUUGGUUUUUUGCUCUUUCCUCUCUACUGGUACAUUCAAGGCACACUCUAUACAUCACUUUUCGUCCUUGGACAUGAUUGUGGACAUGGAAGUUUCAGUUUCUAUCCCUUAUUAAACGACAUUGUUGGAACUAUCUUACACACUUGGAUCUUAGCGCCGUAUUACACCUGGAAGCUAACACAUAACCAUCAUCAUAAGAAUACAAAUAAUAUUGAUAAGGAUGAAGUUUUUUAUCCACAUCGGGGUGAACCAUAUGAACCAUCGAUUAGUGAUGAUAUUUUCUUCUGGUUUCCCGGUAUUGGUUGGUUCUAUUAUAUAGUCUAUGGCUAUGCACCAAGAACAGUUAGCCAUUUCAAUCCAUUUCAACCCAUCUUCUAUGAUCGACACUUCUUUGGUGUUUGCUCAUCGCUAGCUGCUUAUUUGGGAAUGUGUUAUCUAAUGUAUUUGCAUGCCUGCACCUACGGUUUUGUCACUUUAUUUGUCUAUCAUCUUAUUCCGGUAUGCAUUUUUGCUUCUUAUAUGGUAAUCAUAACAAUGUUACAUCAUACGGAAAUUGAUGUUCCAUGGUAUGCUGAUUCGGAAUGGAACAAUGUCAAAGGUCAACUUUCAACUGUUGAUCGUCACUAUGGCUAUGCGCAUUCAAUCAUUCAUUCAAUUGGUACACAUCAAAUCCAUCAUCUUUUCACCAAAGUACCACACUAUCAUUUAGAAGAAGCAACGGAACAUUUUCGUCGCACAUUUCCUGAACUAGUUCGUUUUCAUGACGAACCCGUUUUAUCUGCGUUUGCUCGUAUGUGCAAGAUCUUUCUCGCACAACGAAGCAUGGCUGAAGACAACAAAAUGACAGAUAAUCAACUAGCUGAAAUCGAAAUAAUCGAUAAGACGAAAUCAAAAUAUGACAAAACCAAAAUCUAUCUCUAUAUUGCUAUGACUCUCUCAUCUUGGGGGGAUCGUAUGUGGCACUUUGCUGUCGGAAUUUAUUUCAUAUCUUUGAAUCCAACAAACCUUCAGGGAGUAGCUGUUAAUGGUGUUGUACUUAACCUAGCAGUGAUUCUAUUUGGUACAGUGAUUGGUGUUUGGAUUGAUCGAAAUCCUCGACUACCAACUCUUCGGAAGAUAUUAGUCAUUCAAAAUCUUUCCGUUGCUCUCAUGGCUGUUCUAGUUGUUAUCGCUCUCUAUGAUCAGUCGAGUAUAUCAGGGGGAUGGAUAAUUCUCAUUCAAGGUCUCCUUAUUGCAAUUGGUAUUAUCGCCACAUUGUCGAGUAUGGCAAGUAAGAUUUCUAUAUCAAGAGAUUGGGUUGUGGCUUUGUAUGGUUCGAAUCGAGACAAUCUCGCGUCAACCAAUGCUACUCUUCGUCGAAUUGAUCUGAUCAGUAACGUUCUAGCACCAGUGGCAACAGGUGCGGUGAUGACGUUCACACAUCGAUGGUUUAGCGCUGUCUUUAUUGCCUGCUGGAAUGUCAUCUCACUUGUUUUCGAAUGGCUUCUAUAUACAAAAGUGUAUAGAUCUGCAGAAGAUCGUCUAUCGACUAAAGAUUCAUUAAAAACUUCCAAUCAAAAAUCAUCAGGAGCAGAAGAAAAUGCCAUAAGAAAAAUGUUCUCAUCGAUACAAGGCUUAGGAACGUACAGUUCUCUUUCAGUAUGUUUACCUGGUCUCUCACUUGCAUUACUCUACAUGACUGUUCUAAGUUUCGAUUCCGUAACGCGAGCAUAUGUAAUCGAAGAAGGUUUAUCUGAAGUUGUCCUCGGCAUAUUGAACGCUGCAGGAUCAAUCAUAGGAGUUAUCGGAACAUUCAUGUAUCCGGUCUUUGUCAAACGUACUGGUCUUGUACGUACAGGUGUCAUCGGUUUUUGGUCUGAGUUUUCCAUGUUAAUUCUCUGUUUAUUAUCUCUCUUCGUUCAUGGAUCAACAUUUAUUCCAUAUCAGAAGUAUUUUCCUGAUGCCUGCUUUUCCGGCCGAAGAGCAGAUUCUUUACACAGUAUCAAUCUGAUUCCGUAUUAUUGCUCGAAACUGAAUUUCUCAGUUCUUUUGCUUAUUGCCGGUAUAACAUUGAAUCGAUUUGGCCUAUGGAUUGCGGAUUUAACAGUCAAUCAAUUACAACAGGAGCGUGUUCCGGAAGAGAUACGUGGUCGUAUAGGUGGCACUCAAAAUUCCUUAAAUCAAUUUUUCGACAUGCUUCGCUAUAUACUCAUUAUUAUCUUACCUGAAAUGUCUCAAUUCAGCUAUCAUAUUUGUUUAUCUGUGUUGUCCGUAUUCACUGCUUCGCUAAUCUAUACAAUCUGGUCGUGUUCGCGAUCUUCGCAACUCGUUCCACCAUCUGCAGAUGUUGAAAUGUGUGAAACGAAUUUGGAAUCGUCCAAAACUAUUUCCAAUGAAAAACUAGACAAUGAUAAUGAUGGUAUUAAUUAA